CCCGGCAAAGAUGGCCGGCAAAAGUGUGGCGCUCAAUUUUGGAGGGUCCUCAGUUUGGACUCCUUAUAAAGAAUUAAAUUACGCAGUUGAAGCUGUUUUGAUAAACAAAGAUGUUGAGGCAGUUCCCGACUUUGUGGCAGCACUCAGGCGUCACAAGCCAGAUUUCUCGUCUCUUCUGGAGAAUCCGUCGAAAAGUGCUCUGCAUAGAGAGGUAGUUUCUAAAGCGUCCAAGGACGGUAUUGCAGUUGCAGGCAGGACCGCUCCGCAUGUUCUGCCUCAAGCUGUUGUCGAUGAGGCAUUGAUAAUCAGCGAUAUGUUUGAUCUUAAUGAACUGGUGUCCCUCGAACUACUGCUCGCAGGCGAGCAACAGCAACCCUUGUUUCCUGAUCUGACAAGGGGGCUCGUUGCUGUUCUCCUGUACUACGAUGGUCGUAGAGCCCUCGUCAACGCCCUGCGAACCUUGGUCCAAGUCACAGAAGGAAGAACAUGGACACUGGGGUUGAACACAGAUAUCGUAGCUACAGUAACCAAGUACACAGAUGGCCUCAAAGAAGAAGACGGCGUAUUCAUGAAAGUGUUGGACGCCCUCGGGCGUUUAGAUAUUGCCAAAGAGCUCGAUGUUCUUCAGAAAAAUAGAGCACUUGGAGCCCUUCGUUACAGAAAGCAAGUCGUCGACAUGAUACAGGAAACGCACCAAUCACUGGCGGAAAUAAUAUUCUGCUGGGCAUGCCAAAGGCCGCUUUCCAAAGAAGAAGCAUUGAGAAUCUUCAAACAUUUAGCAUCUUCUGGAAACACAGAAGGCAGUGGCACGCUCGACAGUGUUACUCUGACACUGUUGAUGGCAUCGCUCUAUGUCAUGGAUGUGAGCAUUCUUCAGUCGUGCGAAGAUACGUCACCUGAAAUUGCAAAGCUUCCUCUGGUGUGCAGUCCUGACCUUCUUGUUGCUCUACACAAGCAGCUUUCAUCAGAGACAGUAGCGUGGCGUUUGGAUGGCAUGAAAUCUGUCCUCAUGUUUGCUUGGGCUCUGGUUCUUCGUACGUUCCUGCAGUUUCCCCUCAUAAGCUUUGAUCACGAGUUUGCUGCGUGCCUAGAGGAAGAUGAUAAGAUCAUGGACGCUGCAAUUGAAGCCAAGGCAUUCCAGAUGUUACAAAACUUGGUGGUCAGCUCAGAAAUGUUUCACAAAGAAGAGUUUUUUCUGAAGAGAGUUCAUGGGCUGAUAACAGAUUUUAUCAUCAUGAUGCCUUUGAAAGUGAAAGAGCUGCGCAACCAAGGUGAUGAAGCAGCACGGAUUAUAAAUACCUACAUUAAAGAUGGGCUGACGCCGCCAACGGGCUACCCUCAACACUUUGAGCAGUUCCUCGGACUGAUAUCUGAAGUCUACUCGAAAGAUCCACUUAAGCUGCAGCUGGCACAAGAUUACUGGUGCCCAACCGAAGUUACUGCAGAUGUUAGCCACAUUACCAAGCCACCUCAGAGGCAGAUCGCUCUGUUCAAGUUUCUGCGCCUCUCUGGAGACCUGCUCACGCCCACGCAGUUUGUUCCAUACGUAUCUAUUCUACACAGCCUGUCUCAAUCUCCGAAAUGUGCACACUAUUGCUUCAACCUGCUCAAGAACAAUGGACUGGGCACGCAGCUGAAUUUAGUUUCAUGGGACCACUUUUUUUCAUCCCUUCACUCCUAUUACGAUAGCUUACGACAAGAAAGUUCGGUGGGUCUCGAAGCACAACAUCUGUACCGUCCGGCUGCGAAGACCAUCUCGCCCUUGGAGAUUCGCGGAUUAAUUGCUGUGCUGCAGCUGAUCGAAACAGUUGUCCGUCAUGAUGAAGUUGCUAGGAUGACCCUGUGCGAACAUCCUCAGCACAGCGCGAUAACGCUUCUAGUCAGCUUGGCUGCAUGUGGUGUUCCUCCUGAGCUGAAAUCUGCAUUCUUGAACACACUAUCAGCAUUUGCUGUGUCUCCAGACGUGGCCUUCAGGGUGUGGCAGGUCCUGGAAGCUGCACAGCUUUUGCCACUACGGCAGGGUGUUACAGCUACGUAUGCACCGGGUCUGCACACUGAACUAGAGGAAGUUGAAUCACGCAACGAAGAGUACCCUGUAACACGCUCCAUGCUGAAACUGAUUUCGGCACUCGUUGAUCAUCCCUUGCCCUCUGGAUUCAGCGCUAACUUGCUUCGUUCGGGUUUGGAUCCCUAUCUGGACUUUGUGCGCGAGUCGGUCUUCCUGAAGUUCCAUCUUCGAGGGUACGCGCAUGAGAAUGAAAAGUGGGAAGUAGCACGGCUCUGUCUCGAGAUAGUCGAGAAGCUUCUUAGCAAAUACGGACCGGUUGCGGAUGAGUCAUCUGACCUUCAACCUCUGGAAAAUGUCAGUGGUACCCAAGGAGCAUUCAACAUAUUGGCACACUUGCUGCAGAGUGGAAGCUUUCUACAGCUGAUAUUGCUCGUUCUGGAUGAAGGCACAAAGGAGCUAGAAGCACAAACCGUGUUUCGUGGGAAACAUAGCUUUGAAGAGGCAACUCUCUUGUGCUUGCGUAUCCUCCAACAGACACUUAUGCAGCAGGAUUAUUUUUUGCAGCAAGUCCGAAACAGCAAUGCUGCUCUCAUCGUCACUUCAUUGGAUCAAUUGCUGAUGGCUGCGAAUCCAAGCACUGGAAGGCCAGAUUAUGUCCUCGUAAUAUCUCAAUAUAUCGUUCAUAACGGAGCCAUUCCGAAGCAUGCAUUAGCUGCUUCUAGGAUUCUGCUGCUCUUGAGCCAGAAUGGGAAGAUGACAGAGCACUUGGCCACUGUCUAUACCUUUGACAGGAAAACCGGCUUGGACUUGAUACAGGGCUUUGCAGAAACGCUAGAUGUUGAGGGGGACGCGGACCCACGGUCAGGGAGCGAACGGGACUGGACUCCGAGAGAAGUGAGAACGGCUGCGUGUCAGAGCGUCCUCCGAAUGUUGUUGAACUGCCUGGAACACACCUCACCCAAUGUUGGUCACUUUCUUCUCGGGUUUGACAUUAAACAUCCGAUUUCAAAGACCACACUUCAAGAGCCUGGAGUGUUAGGGUCUCCGAGAACGUGCCUGCAUGCUAUACUGUCGUUUCUAGAUCAGAGCAUCGAAAGCAAGGGCCGUUACGGUCCGCCGUCAGCCAUAGAACUUGGCUACAAGUUGGUGUACGUCCUGUGUGCUACGCCCAUGACAUCGGAGCCAGUCAUGCGAUACCUCCGCACGACCAGGGACUUCUUCUACGAUCACCUGCAGCGACAACCCAGGAGCCUCACUGGCGACGAAAACACUGACACAAAAAUUCUUCUCCAGCAGUCGUGGGUGCUACGGUGCGUCGCGCUGGAGCUACGCUUCACGGCGGCCCAGAACCAGAGGUCCCACGUCCAGCGCCUCGUGACCGUCCUCUUGGAAGACAAUCCCGAAGUGUUGAGCUGUCCAGUCGAGAAUGCUGGGGAAUUAGGAAGCGGAAGCUUUCAUUCUAGCCUUCCGAGUAGGUCCAGUGCCGUGCAGACGUUCGUGGGACCGGUCAGACGGAAGUUAUUGAAGCUCCUGGACGUGAUGGACUUUUCUCACAGGACCCCGUCGAAACCGGCCUGGGAAUUCUUUGACGCCGCAGAGCUCGAAAAAGCCCUUCGUGAAUGCGAGUACCAAGAACCCGGGGGACCACUUCUGCUGGACAUUCCGUCUCUUUACCGCCGGCUCUCCGAAGAAGCGGCUUCUGCAAAGGGCCCCACAGUUUUUGGGCAGAAGUCACUAGUUGCGCAGGAGAUCAAAAGCGUAAUGCAGAAUGUUCUGGAACGCAACCAGGCUCGCCAAGCCAUGUUUGCCAAGAAACAGGCUUUCCUCGCGUGGAGACAGGUCACAGAGGUCUUGGUGACGACGUGUCCGCUCGAUAUCCUAGGAGGCGAAACAAAGGUUCAGGUUUUGCUCGAGCUGGCUCAAGAACUCUUGAGAAGGAUUCUAGAGGAACGGUCUCUCGCAGAGGUUGUUGCUCCAACCUCUGGUGUACUUUUAAUGCUCAUGGCUGCACUGCACCACUCACUUCUCCUACUUCUUCCUGAUUCAUGUUCUACAGGCACAUCGAAUCUUUUGAGGAUGCUUUCCGUUGCCUCGUAUUCAUCCUCUCUGCUUGCCAUCUUAAAGAGCCUUCUAGAGUGUCUAAUUCGAACUGGUAGCGGAUUGCAGAGAGUUAGGUCAAAUUAUUACACGUCCCUGCUCAACCUGCUCAGACUGGUGCGAAAUCCAACGGAUUCUCGGAGCGACGUGGAAGGGGAGAGAGUCCUCCUCGACUCUAGGUCUGACACCGAGCGCCUGCGACAGAACCACAUGGAGAUGGUGUCCAGCUACGGGGAACAGUUGAUGGAAGUGGUGUGCCGUGACGUAUGCAGUGGCCAUGAAGUGACUCAAAUGUUGGCACUAGCAACUUUGGAUGUGAUCUUGUCUCUAGAUGUGCGUCAGCACUGGCUUUCUUAUCUGUCAAGAAAGGGCUACCUCCGUCAUCUCAUAGACAGCAUCAUGAACAAUGAUGAGGAAAUCAAGAACUUCCUCGCCAGAGGCUCCGGAGAUGAAGCAGUUCGAAGCUUGUAUGUUUUGGAGUCAAAGAUGGCGCUCUUUGCCAGACUGGCCUCAUCCAGAAAAGGAGCUCAGGCAUUACUGGAAAAUAGCCUAGUGGCAAAUCUGGCUCGAUGUGAGGCUAUCGACUUCCAUCCCAGUCGCCUCCAAGGAAUACCAAUGCAUACACAAGCCAUGCAGUGGCUGAAGCCUUCCGUAGGAAAGAGCUAUCAGCAAACAUUUGUACCAACCCUCCAACUUCUCUUAGCCGUAACGGCAGCCCUGGGCCCAAAGCACCGUGAGGCCCACAUACAGAUAUGCCUCUUCAUUGCCGCUCACGCAGAAGUAUUUUCCUCGAUCCUUCUGCCGCGACACCUACAAGACCUCGACAUAGCAGCCUCGGAGGAACUUGCCCUUGUCACCAGCCUUCUCUCACAGUUAUCUAUGUUAGACGAUAACGAAAACGACCCGGUACUCUUUGAGCAACGGGGACGUCUCCGCCUGCUUCAGAACCAGAUGUUGGGCCUCCUGCCGUGGCUCACAGUGACGAGGUCGGGCGUAGACCUGCGAGAAAAAAUCCUCCUCCUGCGAAUCGCAUCCGGGGUUUUGACCUUCUAUUGCAAUCUCUGCACGAUAUCCUCUUCCGCCGACCGAAAAAGCUGCCGCAUCCUUUUUUCUCCUACGAUAUCUUACGACGCGCUGUACCGUCCAGCCGACGCAGGCCAGGUGUCCUCUAGCCCGCCUAGCCUGAGAAUUUUAGUGCAGAUUGCUCUCGCGUACACAGCGGAUGUCCAGAGGUGUGUGUCUGCUCACACGGCCCUGAUGCGUCGGAUUGAAAACCUUGCCGAUUUAGGGACGUCCGAGCUGGCCGAAUUGCUUCCACCAGACGUUGACCAGAAAACGCUUACGUCGAUGCCUUCCAGUCAACUGCGAGAUGCAGCAAGAAAGCACAUAUUAUCCGAAGCUUCCCUACGUCAAGAGGAGCUGACGUUCCUGAUGAACCUUAUUGAGCAAGCCUUGUUUUUGCUCUGGAGGCACCUCGAGUACUUCUUGCUGCAGUGUGUCCCGCAGGGGGCAACAACAAUCCGGCAGGGGUUUGCGGUUGAAGAGCGCGGAUUUCAUUCUGGAGCGGGUGCGCAAAGUCGCGAGCCUGAAGCAAGCAAAGGUGCUGUGGUCAGCAGAGAAGAGGUGGAGGCAUUGAAAUCCGACGUUAGGGGUGUCUUGAAUGAAUCGUUCUUCCGCGAAGUUCAAGCAAAGGAGCAGUACAUUCCGGGACGUGCGACAUCGGCGGCGGACCCCAAGUUCUUUGAGGCCCUUGUCAGGAGGUUGAAGAGGUUGGCGACUCUGAAUACUGUUUGAGGAGGAGGGCUGUGGAAACGUGGAAGCUAUCAUUACACAACACAAUUUUCACUUGUUGAUAUUUGUACUGCAUCCUAAUUUUUGUAUAAAGUGCUGUCAAAGCUAUGAAGCUUGUGCUACUUUCGCAAGAUCUCGUGUGCUGUAGUCUUGUCUCAUCACUUUUGACAUUACCUACGAGCUUACCAGAAGUGAGGCAGCCAGAGAGGAAUGAAAAGAAAGCAAAUCUGAACAAAUCUGAGUUUAUUUUGAUGACUGACUAGAUUAACCACAUAAGUGCCAUAAAAAUAGCUGAUAAUGCAGCUGAUAAUGCAGCAGAUAAAUUGCACAACUCCUAUUAUAGCAAUAAAAACACAUAAUCAGCUCU